GCGGGUGGGAGUGCAGGCUGUCACAUGACACCCCGUCCAUCUCUCCCUCCCUCCCUCCUUCCACCCUGGACUUGGGGAGUUGCUGUCCCAUCCCUGUCUCUGGAGAGAGCCGAGGCACCAUGCACGGAGGUCGGGGGCUGCUGUUCCUCCUGCCACUGCUGGCUGUCCACAUGGGGGCCCAGGGCUGGAACCAGGAGGCGCGCCUGCUUGCUGACCUGAUGCACAGCUACGACCCCCACCUGCGGCCCGCAGAGCGGGACUCUGAUGUCGUCAAUGUCAGCCUGAAGCUCACCCUCACCAACCUCAUCUCCCUGAACGAGCGAGAGGAGGCCCUCACCACCAAUGUCUGGAUAGAGAUGUGGUGUGACUAUCGCCUGCGCUGGGACCCACAAAACUACGGAGGCCUGUGGGUGCUGAGGGUACCAUCCACCAUGGUGUGGCGGCCGGAUAUCGUGCUGGAGAACAAUGUGGACGGCGUCUUCGAGGUAGCCCUCUACUGCAAUGUGCUGGUGUCCCCUGAUGGCUGUAUCUACUGGCUGCCACCGGCCAUCUUCCGCUCUUCCUGCUCCAUCUCCGUCACCUACUUCCCUUUUGACUGGCAGAACUGCUCCCUCGUCUUCCAGUCUCAGACCUACAGCACCAGUGAGAUCAACUUGCAGCUGAGUCAGGAAGGCGGCCAGACCAUCGAGUGGAUCUUCAUUGAUCCCGAGGCCUUCACAGAGAACGGGGAGUGGGCCAUCCAGCACCGACCAGCCAAGAUGCUGCUGGACGCAGAGGCGCCAGCCGAGGAGGCAGGCCACCAGAAAGUGGUGUUCUACCUGCUCAUCCAGCGCAAGCCCCUCUUCUACGUCAUCAACAUCAUCGCCCCCUGCGUGCUCAUCUCCUCUGUGGCCAUCCUUAUCUACUUCCUGCCUGCCAAGGCGGGCGGCCAGAAGUGCACAGUGGCCACCAAUGUGCUCCUGGCCCAGACCGUCUUCCUCUUCCUGGUGGCCAAGAAAGUACCUGAGACCUCGCAGGCAGUGCCACUCAUUAGCAAGUACCUGACCUUCCUCAUGGUGGUGACCAUCCUCAUUGUCGUGAAUGCUGUGGUUGUGCUCAAUGUAUCCUUGCGGUCCCCCCAUACACACUCUAUGGCCCGAGGGGUUCGAAAGGUGUUCCUGCGGCUCUUGCCACAGCUGCUACGGAUGCAUGUUCGCCCACUGGCUCCACCCACUAUGCAGGACACCCGCCCCAGGCUCCAGAAUGGCUCCUCCUCAGGGUGGUCCAUCACAACUGGGGAGGAGAUGGCUCUCUGCCUGCCACGCAGUGAACUCCUCUUUCGGCAGCGACAGCGCAAUGGAUUGAUGAAGGCAGCACUGGAGAAGCUAGAGAAAGGCCUAGAGCCAGGACAGAGCCAGGAGUUCUGUGGCAGCCUGAAACAGGCCGCCCCUGCCAUCCAGGCCUGUGUGGACGCCUGCAACCUCAUUGCCCGCGCCCGGCACCAGCAGACUCACUUUGACAGUGGGAAUGAGGAGUGGUUCCUGGUGGGCCGCGUGCUGGACCGCGUCUGCUUCCUGGCCAUGCUCUCACUCUUCAUCUGCGGCACUACUGGCAUCUUCCUCAUGGCCCACUAUAACCGGGUGCCCGCCCAGCCAUUCCCUGGAGACCCCCGCCCCUACCUGCCCCCACCAGACUGAGUCAACCAAUGGCUGUUGGACAUACAGGAGUCAUAUUUGUGGGUCAACCUGUCUUCUCAGCUGUGCUGCACUGCUGAGGUCAUGAGGACACUCUUUGGGAAGAGCUGGGGAAAUAAAGAGACAGAGUUGGAGUCCU